GCUUCUGGGCCGAUCGAACACCAGUUCAUGAAGCAGCCAGGCGGGGAGAAAUCCUGCAGCUGCAGCAGCUGAUAGAGAGCGGAGCCUGUGUCAAUGCGGUCACCUAUGACUCUAUCACCCCACUGCACGAGGCCAGCCUGCGAGGGCAAACGCAGUGUGUCAAGCUCCUGCUGGCUGCAGGGGCCCAGGUGGAUGCCAGGAAUAUCGAUGGCAGCACUCCGCUCUGUGAUGCCUGUGCCUCGGGUAGCAUAGAGUGUGUGAAAGUGCUGCUGUCCCAUGGCGCCAAGGUGAACCCUCCCCUUUACACAGCGUCUCCUCUCCAUGAAGCCUGCAUGAACGGUAGCUCAGAGUGCGUGCAACUCCUCAUUGACGUCGGUGCAAACUUGGAAGCUCACGACUGCCAUUUCGGGACGCCCCUACACGUGGCCUGUGCCAGGGAGCAUCUGGACUGUGCAAAGUUGCUGCUGAAGGCAGGGGCAAAUGUGAAUGCUGCUAAACUUCAUGAGACAGCCCUCCACCAUGCAGCAAAAGUGAAAAACGUAGAUCUGGUGGAGAUGCUGAUUGAAUUUGGAGGAAACAUUUACGCAAGGGACAACCGAGGAAAGAAGCCAUCGGAUUACACCUGGAGCAGCAGUCCCACAGCAAAGUGCUUUGAGUACUAUGAAAAAACGCCUCUGAGCUUGUCACAGCUUUGCAGAGUUACGGUGAGGAAAGCCGCUGGGCAGCGAGCACUGGAGAAGAUUGCCAAGCUAAAUAUUCCUCCGCGAUUAAUCCAAUACCUGUCCUACAACUGACAGGGGCGAAGGUGGCCAGGAAGGACGAUAUCUUUGGCUCCUGCA